AUGGCGAACAUGAACGCUCUUCAACAGAUGAUUUUCCCUGACGAGAACGCUCCAAUUCAUCGCAAGAAGUCUGUUACUACUGCUGCUUCUGUGAAGACCAAAGGAUCUGUUCUUGGUCAGAAGAAACCCGGAGGAGCGCGCAGGGCUUUAAAUGAUAUUACUAACAAGUCCGGGAUUCAUCCGAAAGCUUCAUCGAAGAAUAAGCAAAUCGUUACUGCUGCUGCUGCGAAAGACGAGAUCAACAUAGCUGGGGAAAGGUUCUUGCAUGAUCACAGCAAGUGCAUCAAAGAACAGCAAAAUCUUUGGGAUGAUUCUGAUCUCAUUCUACUUCACCAUGGUUCGAGCAUCAAGGAAAAUCAUCUCAAGUGUGACAUAGAAAAGAUGGAUGCUAAGAACAAUCUGACUUACUUCGAAGCAGAAGAGAUACCAUCUCCCAAGUUGACUGAUUGGCUGAAAAGCUCGACUCCAUGGCGCUCACCAAUCCGCCAUGGGUCUAUGAUGAUGCCUUCUACUCCUCUGGCUUGGCGGUUCGAUUCAUCUGAAUUCACACUGAAAGAAGACUGUGAAGACGACUUCUUCUGA